AUGAAUCUGGCCUUGCCAAGAAAGCUUGCGUGGACCUCGCGGCCGACUACCUGCCCAGACAGGCAAGGAUCCGGCAGUCGUCUGAAGCAGCGACGGAAGGAGCCCCUUCAAACGCCAAGCCGCGGCGGCAAUUCGGCCACGAAGCUUGACGCGCAGUCGACUACCUCGACGACUGUGGCAGUAUCGCUCUACAAGUUACGCAGCGAGGGACCAGUCCAGCAAUUCCGCCCCGACAUCCAGCCACAGACAAGCUCAUCUGAACCGAACUUUGACGCUGACGACGCCGAUACGGCUUUUUUCUCCGCUUCGCUUGGAAUCGCGCAUCACGCCCUGACUUGCCUUCCACACAAAAAGCUUAGCGUCGCGACGCACCCGCAUAUUCCGCGCUUAUUGAGCCCGCAGGGACGCGGAAAGGGCUGUAACGUCGACUUCGACCAACUCGAUUCGAUUGGAGACGCGACUCUAGACACCCCGACACGAUAUACAAACUUCAUCAUCAGCGGUCCUUCAUUAUUCUGGAUCGAUAUCCUUCCUGCUAGCUUCUCCCAGCAUAGAGCGCUAGCCUCGUCUUCGAGUAAUGCGAAGCCCUCCAUGGUCCGAAUCCGCUGUCCUUUAAGGACGUCCUCUCCUUUGAUCGCCAUUCAACUUGUGAUCUUAUUACUAUGCAUUCUGCUCACUGGCAAUGGCGUUGUUGCGGACAAUAUCACUCAGCCAAUUUCGGUCUUCAAGUCGAGACCGGAUCUCUACCCUCCGAUAUUGACUCUGGAAUUGAGUGACCAAGCCAGACUCAGUCCAGGAUACAUCUUCGUCAGUCCCUACGAAGCCGAGAACCCGGGCCCUUACAUCUACGACAAUGAAGGGAAUCUCGUUUGGAGCGGAUGGGGUCAAUCCGGACCAGGAAACGCCCAUGCGCCGCAUAUUGUGCGAUCGGUGCAAGCUGGCGGCGGCAUGUCGUCAGCCGACAUGCAUGAGUUCAAGCUUAUCAAUGGCGGCAAGACCGCUCUCAUGACCAUCUAUCAGCAGCGACAGUAUGACAUGAGCCGGUGGAACAUCCGGACUGGCAUGGCGUGGAUCAUGGAGAGCAUCUUCCAAGAAGUUGACGUCGAGACCAGCAAGGUUCUCUUCGAGUGGCGGUCCCUCGACCACGUCGAUCCCACCGUCAGCUACACGCAGCCAGCGUCGACAGAUACGUCGGGAGAUGGACUGAACCCGCAUUCACCGUGGGACUACUUCCACAUUAACUCGAUCGACAAGAACGAAGACGGUGACUAUCUCAUCUCGUCGCGGCAUACGUGUGCCAUCUACAAAAUCUCGGGCAAGGACGGAUCGGUGAUCUGGCGCCUGGGCGGGGCGAACCCAUCGUUCACGAACAUCAAUUUCAGCUUUUCGCAACAACACGACGCACGAUGGCUGUUGGAGAAUAAGACGCACACCGUGCUGUCCCUCUACAACAACGGCUACAAUGGCUUCACCAAGACACAUGAUUACUCGUCUGGCAUGAUCAUCGUUAUCGACCACGUCAGCAAGACGGCCACCCAGGUCCGGGAAUACGUGCCGCCCGGGCUGACGUUGCUGAGUUCCAGUCAGGGCAACCUGCAGGUGCUGCCCAACAACAACAUUUUUAUAGGAUGGGGGAACAAUCCAUUUGUGUCGGAAUAUUCAGAGAAUGGCGAGCUUCUCUUGUGGGGGUACCUCGCCAAAGAGGUGACCAUGAACUAUCGGGCGCAAAAGUUCGACUGGGACGGCAACCCGACCGACUCCCCUGCCCUGUGGGCUUAUUCGAAGGGGGUGGCAGAAGACUCUCCGACGACGCUGUAUGUGAGCUGGAAUGGGGCCACGCGAGUGCGGUGGUGGAGAUUCUACGGCUCUAUGCAGCAGCAGGGGCCGUUCAAGUUGCUUGGUAUGGCGUACAAGAAUGGCUUUGAGACGGAAUACACAUACGACAACUACACCGCGUGGUGCUACGCGGAAGCGCUCGACGGGGAUGGGCAAGUUCUCGGACGGUCGACGACGCGCAUGACGUUUGUGCCUUCGCCGGAGCUGAGCAGUUUUUGCGGAGACGCGUUCUGCGAGAAUGCGCCUGCGUACGGGUAUCCGGGGGAGGACGAUCCAUCGCCUAUCAUCCCGCCUCCGAUCCAAUAUCCGCCUGAGGGCUAUUCUUCCGGGAACUACACGGGAACCACGCCGUCGACGACAGUGGGGGGUGCUGGGUAUGUUUACGGCUAUAGCCGACCGCUUCAAAACGCGUCCUGGAUCACUUCCGCCGCGUGGGUAGUCGUUGUGGGCGUAAUCGUGAUAGUGCUCGCGCUGCGCUGCAGACGCCGCUCUGGGAGGGAUGGCCAUUCGAGCGACAGCGAAGACGAGAGCGGGAAUUCAGUUCGCACGCGCAGACCCAGAUCCUCGUCGGGUAAGAAUAAAGCACGAUGGUGGCACUGGGGGCGCUGGAGGCAGACGCCGCAGAAAUACUAUGCUUUAGAUAGCAUAGGUGAGCGUGGUGAGUCGUGA